AUGGCUGUCACAAACUUCCUCGCGUGUGUUCUGCAGCAUCUCAUCAUGAGCAUGCACGUGUUUGCUGAUAAGCGGGAUGAACCCAUGUAUGACUGCAUGCAGCAGAGUUUGGCACAGGUGAGCCAGUGGAUGGCUCGGCUGCUGCAGGAGCUGGAGAGCCAGCAAAAGAGUCUUGUGCCCUGGAGAGCCCUGCUCUCUGCUGCCUUGCAGCACUGGCAGUUGGGUCUGAUUGCCGGCGUCCUGCUUCUCCUGAGCGUCAGACUCUCUCGGUGGCUGAGGAAAAGGAGCCAUGAGGAGGAUGAAGACGCUGACAGUCAGAGGGAUUUUCGCAUGUAUUUUUCAAAGGGCAUCAAGCAUUCAGGGAGCAAACUGCGCUACCAGAGUGAGUUGGUGUUGUGGCUGGUCGACAAGCUCCUCCAUGCUUGCCAAGAGCAAUUGCCAAAGCGUUUCUUCCCAGUGCUGGAACAAGCCAUCGGGGUGGACAGCGCCUUUGAAGGCUGGAGUCCCCAUGAAGAUGAUGCUGUCUACUGCCUGCUUGUGCCCCUCAAGCCCCCCCGUGGGCACGCCUUCCACCUGGAGGUGGGCGUCAUGGGACUGGGGCUGGUGAUGGACUCCUGCAUCCGUGUGGAGCAGGUGUGCACGUGUACAACGGAGCAGGUAGCGCAGGACAUGCCCUGCUUCCUCCACCACCCUGAGAAGGCGCUGAGGAAGAAUCAGAAGUCCAGCCUUCUGCACACCCUCUGCACCAGCUCCUACCUAGAUGUUGAGAAGACUGCCCUCUGGUUCCAGGACCUCAUGAGGUCAGCCUGGGAGUUUGUGCCUCAGUCACGUCACUACAGUAUGAAGGUGCUGCCCUCCAGCCGCUCCUGCAAACUGCAGUUUACGGAUGUCUCUGGGAGAACCUUGCUCGUUGAAAUGAUGCUUGGCAUGCAGCACGGUGACUCAGACAUCUUUGUGAGCAGCCAGGCUACAGAGGCUCUCUUCACCCCCAGCACAACGUGGUCAGUGAGCUACGCUGUGGCGGAGUCAAAGUUCUUCUGGGUGAUGGCCAGGCUGCUCCCAACUGACAGCUGCCACCUCAGCUGCCUGCAACUCUGCACUCGCUUCCUGGUGGGCACUGGUCUUUCCUCCCAUAUCUUGAAGACCGUUGUGAUGCACCUCCUGAACACCAUGCCCCUGGCAGGCUGGCGCAGGAGCCGUUUCCCGGAACAGCUGGAUGAAAUCAUGUGGGACCUGGAGCUCUGCUUGGAGAAGAGAUGCCUCAACCACUUCUUCAUCGGUAAUGAGGACCUGUAUGAGGAGAUCAUCAUGCCUCAGGCCUUGCAAAGAGCUGUACCACUCAACCUCUUGGAGCACUUGAAGCACGAUCCAGCUGCCCACAAGCAGGCAAUGCGUGAGCUGAAGGAGCUGAAAAAUCUGCUUUCAAUACAGCUCUUCUACAGACACUGA